GACGUGCUGUAAAUCCGGAGCUGCUUCUUGCAUCGCUUGCUACCUUCGAACUGGUCAGUUGGUUCUUGAAACAAGAAGAAGCCGACAGGCGAUACCUUCGCCCUGAGCAAGCCGCUGCCAUCUCAAGCCACGGAGACAACUACUUGAAGUACAUCCAGAACCUGUCUCGUUUUGUGUUCAAACACGUGAACGAAGACAUGCUGGUGACUGAACAGUCGGCCCGGUCUUACCACGCUUUUGUUGAUGAAGAUUGUGUAUUGCAGUGGAAGAAAUUGGCGACCAACAUGUCAUCACAUGGGCUGGAGGAGAAACUCCUCCUGCGGUACUUGCUGCGGCUGGGAGCUGUCGAGCGCUGA